AUGAGUUUUCUUCUAUCGUCAGCGGUGGCAUCCUCGUCGUCGAGAAUACUGCAGACAGUGGCGCGACGAACGGCAAGCCAAAACCUACGUCAGCUGUCUUCCAUGUCAUUACCCAGACCUCCGCAACGAAAAGAAGAACCUGAUUCUAGAAGGAAGUGGCGAACCCAUGCCGUCCCUCUAAUAUUCAGUAACUAUGAAGAUGAUACACCCAUGCCCGAAGAGACUUCCAAUUUGUAUCCUUGGGAAGAGGAAGAAAUGGAGCUUUCGGACGAAGUCAAGGAGAUGCAACAAGAGGAAGACGCACAAAAACGACGAUGGUUGGAUAAUGCUAAGCCACCAGUCCGAGAGCCGAUUAUUGAUGAACGAGGACGUGCCUAUGGACGAGGGGGACGAAAGACGGCUGCAGCCAGAGUUUGGAUCCAGCCUGGUUUGGGCAAUGUGGUUGUUAAUCGCAAGGACUUGGUGGAUUACUUUGAACGAUUCUCGGAUCGCGAAUUGAUUUUGCAACCCCUAGUGGCAACUGAAACAUGUGGAAAAUUCGAUGUGACAAUUUUUGUCGAGGGAGGUGGUCUUACGGGACAAGCCGGAGCCAUUCGCCAUGGAUUGGCCAGAGCUCUCAAUCACUACAAUCCAGAUGCGUACCGACCACCACUCAAACGUUUGGGGUACUUGACACGAGAUCCAAGAAAGGUCGAAAGAAAGAAAGUGGGACACCUCAAGGCUAGAAAGAAGCCUCAAUGGGUAAAGCGAUAG